GAAACUUGGCUGGCGAUUAAAAGAUUGCUGUGAAGACACGUUGUCUCCGUGAAACAAAGAGAGUUUCUUUUCUCCUUCUUCUUAAUCUUAGGUCUCUUCUUGUUCUAAAAUUUGAUACCUUUUCUUAAAAUGGCGGAAGCAACAAUCGGCAGAACGAAUCUGUUCAUCGGAAGAGCUUGUCUGAAUCACAACAAGCAUGUAAAUGAUUUCUCUAUCUCACCGGUGAGCUUUGGUUUGAAAAAGAGCUUCUCUUCUCUCAAGCUGAAGCCUCUGAAACAACAGAUAGAUACUCAAUUCCAGACCUUCACAAGAAGCUCCAGAUCAUCAUCCAUCACAGCUCAGACAACGCUGAGGAUUGGGACACCUCAGAAAUGGUGGGAGAAAGGUCUGAAAGAAAACAUGAGAGAGAUCUCUUCAGCUCAAGACCUCGUUGACUCUCUCACCAACGCUGGUGAUAAGCUUGUUGUGGUUGACUUCUUCUCUCCUGGCUGUGGUGGCUGCAAGGCUCUUCAUCCCAAGUUAUGUCAGCUGGCAGAGCAGAACCCUGAUGUGGAGUUUCUUCAGGUGAAUUACGAGGAGCAUAAGUCUAUGUGUUACAGUCUUGGUGUUCAUGUCCUCCCGUUUUUUCGAUUCUACAGUGGUGCUCGUGGUCGUGUCUGUAGCUUUAGCUGUACCAAUGCUACGAUAAAGAAAUUUAGAGAUGCAUUGGCAAAGCAUAGUCCAGAUAGGUGCAGCCUUGGACCAACCAAAGGGCUUGAAGAGAAAGAGCUUGUGGCACUUGCAGCUAACAAGGAUCUCGACUUUACUUACACACCUAAGCCUGUACCAGUUGUUGAGGAAGAAGUUGCCAUCCCUACUUCAAACCCUGGUCUCCCUGUUCCUCAUCCAUCUAUGAGCGCCAAUGAUGAAAAGACAUUGGUCUCCUCAGGGAGAUGAUUAUGUGAAGGAAUAAACAUUUCUCUGUACAGUUGUUUGAGUGGUAUUAGUUACUAGCAACGGGAUAUAUAUAUGUUGCAGUACCUAAAGUUGUAUGUUGUUGGAGCAGCCGGUUUAAUGGGGGUUUAGUUUUUUUGGGUUUCCCCUGAGCAAAACCGGUUUCAUGUGGUUUUCCUCUAGAGUAAGACCAGUUCCUAUGGUUCUCGAGUUUUGCUCAGUUUCUUAUGGGAUUGAGAGUAGUGGAAGGUCGUGCGCCUGUGCACCAUGGUGGCUUUCUACUUCAAUCUGCUUCAGUAGGAUUUUUCUUUCUUUUGCUCGUUUGUUUUCUGCUUAAGGUAUUUCUAUGUAAGUAAAAAUAUCUAGUGAAAACUAUGAUGGAAAUGUCACUAUGGAUUUGAUAUUUUAUAUAAUGUUUAAAAGGUCUUUUAUGAAGCUUUUAAAGUUUUGUAAUGGUGGUGUGACAUAUUUUCUCUUCCAUUGGGUUAAUAUAACUUACAGUUGUUAGGUUGUCUAACAAAUGAAUUAGUA